AUCUUUUUCUCAAUCGUAUGAUUAUGCGGAUGGAUUUAUCAGUUUUGUUUUUUUUUGCUUCUUCUGAAUUGUAUGUUGAUUCUUUCUUUGAUUACCUAAUUUGUUUGCUUGAUUGGUUGUUCAAUCGGAUUGGAGUGUUGCUUAAUCGGCUUAUGACAUGAGAUGAGUGGUUCACAAGCACAAGACAGUGCAUGUUCCUUGGACAAGCCAGACAAAGAUGUGGUUGCCACGGAGACAAAACCAAAGAAGAGGAUAUGUUGUGCUUGUCCCGAUACUAAGAAGCUAAGAGAUGAGUGCAUUGUCGAACACGGCGAAUCCGCUUGCACGAAAUGGAUCGAAGCUCAUCGUUUGUGUCUUCGAUCAGAGGGUUUUAAAGUUUGAGAGUGUGUGAAAGAACUAAAGAUUGAUAGUAGCAUAAGAUUGCUGAUUUGUUUUUCUGAAUUUACACAACCAUCAUUAUGUAAUAAACAGAGCAACCAAAAAGGCCACAUUGGUCUAAAACACACUAGAAACUCAAAUUAUAUUUCAUUGUACUGAUUUUUGAUAUAUUCAACUUUUCUGUUUUUAUCUCAAA